AUGAAUUGCUUUCCAUGUUUCUCAUCGCAGAGAAGCAAAAAAAGCAGUAGCAAGAGAGAGCCUGCGUCUCCUUCCAAAGACGUCAAUGAAUCCUCCACUCCUGAUAUUAAGCGGCAAAAACCAGGGGGUAAUGAUGAAGGAAAUAAUAAUACUCCUGUACAAACCUUUACAUUUCGCGAGCUUGCAACAGCAACCAAGAAUUUUCGCCAGGAAUGUUUGUUGGGUGAAGGUGGAUUCGGACGUGUUUAUAAGGGCACAAUUCAAUCGACCGGCCAGGUAGUGGCUGUGAAGCAACUUGACAGGAAUGGACUGCACGGAAACAAAGAGUUUGUUGCAGAAGUAUCGAGGCUAAGUCAGCUUCAUCAUCCAAAUCUUGUUAAUCUGAUUGGAUACUGUGCAGACGGCGAUCAGAGGCUUUUGGUUUUUGAAUAUAUGCCAAAAGGCUCCGUAGAAGAUCAGCUUCUGGAUAUAAAAAGCGAGGGGAAGGCAUUAGAUUGGGAAACUCGGAUCAGAAUAGCAUACGGUGCAGCUCAGGGAUUGGAAUACUUGCAUGAAAAAGCAAAUCCUCCGAUUAUAUAUGGAGAUUUAAAAUCUUCAAGCAUUUUAUUGGAUGAAGAAAUGAAAGCAAAGCUUUCAGAUUUUGGAAUGGAUAAACCUGGAGAUCAUAAAAUGCCAAUUUCAUCUCGAGUCAUGGGUACUUAUGGUUACUGUGCUCCAGAAUACGCCAGAGGUUCUCAACUCACUGUUAAAUCUGAUGUUUAUAGCUUCGGAGUUGUCUUGCUCGAACUCAUCACUGGUCGAAGAGUUAUAGAUACCACUAAACCCCCUGAUCAGCAAAACCUAGUUUCAUGGGCACAACCCAUAUUCAGAGACCCUAAGAGGUUUCCUGACAUGGCGGAUCCUCUUCUCCAUAGGAAGUUUCCAGAGAGAGAUUUGAAUCAAGCAGUCGCCAUUGCAGCCAUGUGUCUGCAAGAUGAAGCAACUGCUCGUCCCUUAAUAAGUGACGUUGUAACAGCUCUCAGUUUCUUAUCAAUGGAGUUUAAACCUGUUGUUGAUGAUCAUAAGUUUGAUCGCCAUGAUUAUCAACAACAAGAAACUAGUACUCUAACUUCAGACGAAAACCCUAAUUCAAUAUCCAGUGAUGAAGAAACAAGAAGAAACAAGAACAAAAUAACCAGCAGCCGGAAAGGAAUUACUUCUUUCGGUCGGAAAAGCAGCAAGAACUCUUUCUUCUCGCUGAGUCAAAGAAGCAGCAGCAAAUCACAAUCACAAUCAGAAUCACAAUCAAAUGAUGAAACUACCAACGAUUCUGAUGAUGAUCAAAGUGUUAAUUCUUCAAACAAAAAAUUACCUGCAGAAACUUACGAACAACACCAAAGUGAUGAUGAUGAUGAUGAUGAUGAUUCUGAAUCUCCAGACAGAACCAGCAGUAGCUAUAGAAAACAAGAAACAAACAACGGAUCAGAAAAACAAAGUACAGUUUGCUUAGAUGAGGAUGAGGAUGAUGAUGAUGACCAAAAUAGUGGGUCAGAUCACGAUGGGAGUGUUUAUUCAUCAUGA